AUGGAGAAGAGGAGUGAGGAGUCACUGGCCUUCUCUGUCAGGGUCUUCACGCUGCAGGAGGAGGAGGAGGAGGAGGAGGAGGAGGAGGACAUGGAGACACAUGAGGAGGAGCAGAAGGUCCAGGAGGAGGCGAGCAGGGAGCAGCAGGUCAGUGUGUGCAGACAGCGAGCAGAGCAGGAGCUAACGCUGCUCCUCACCACGGGACAGGAGGCUCAGCAGCUCACUGUGCAGGACGCCAACAGAGCAUCAGUCUUCCAAUUUACUGUUUCCAAGGAGAUGGACCGCUGCCAGGUGGGAGGACAGUCCUUCCUGGUCACUGUCGGCAAGCUGAGUCUUCUGCUGCAGUUUAAAACUCCAAACGAUAUGAAGAACUUCCAGCAGGUGUUGAAGACAAGGGAUGUUGAAGAGGGAGGCAAAGUUUGCACAGAAAGACACGAAAGAGGAAAGGAGGAUGCAGAGAGAGCGUCGAGGAGACACCCGGCUACAUCUGAAACAGGGGCUGAAAACAGCCCUAUACAGGGCUACAAGUUCCACAGCUGUCUGUCCCAGCAGCAGAGCCUGCUUCAGGACUACCUGAGGAUCACCACCUACCAGAGAGCCAUUUUAGUCAAUGAGACUGACUUCAGAGACAAGGUGGUUCUGGAUGUGUGUUGUGGUUCUGGUAUUCUGUCUUUCUUUGCAGUCCAGGCAGGAGCCACCAGAGUGUAUGCUGUUGAGUCCAGCCCAAUGGCCAAGUACACACAGAUCCUGGUCCAGAGUAACUGUAUGUCUGAGCGGAUCAGGGUCCUAGAGGGGGAGGUGGAUGAGGUCAGCUGUACUGACAUGGUGGAUGUCAUCGUCUCUGAGCCAAUGGGAUACAUGCUGCUCAGUGACAGACUCAUGGAGAGCUUCCUGCAUGCCAGAAAAUGGCUCAAACCCAACGGUCUGAUGUUUCCCUCCUAUGGUGAUAUUCAUCUGGCUCCCUUCAGUGACGAGCAACUCUACUUCGAACACUUCGCACGAGCUAGUUUCUGGCAGCAGAGAAGUUUCUAUGGAGUGAACCUGAAUGCUCUUCACAGUCCUGCAGUGGAUGAGUUCUUCAAACAGCCUAUAGUGGACACGUUCGAUGUGCAGAUCCUGAUGGCCAGGUCCGUCAAGCACUGCAUCAACUUCAUGGAGGUUAAAGAAGAAGAUUUACACAGGAUGGAGAUUCCGUUUGUGUUUACACUCAUGCAGUCUGGUCUGGUCCAUGGACUUGCCUUCUGGUUCGAUGUGGCCUACUUGGGAUCCAAGUCAACAGUGUGGCUCUCCACAGCUCCCACUGAGCCUCUGACCCGCUGGUAUCAGGUCAGAUGUUUGCUUCAGACGCCACUCUUUGCCAAGGUAGGACAAACAUUGUCUGGGACCGUCCUGCUGACCGCUAACAACAGGCAGAGCUACGACAUCCACAUCACAGCCACAGUCGACCAAUCAGGCUUCAGAUCUGGAAACAUCCUGGACCUCAAGAACCCUUUCUUCAGGACAGCAUCUUGGUUCCAAAGCUAGAGACCUCCAGACCUUUGGCGAUCAGAGGUUCGAGGGCGGGUCGGCUCUCCCCUCCUGGAAGCAAGGCGAGGAGAACAGAGGAACCUCAUGAGGAAUCAUCAGAUCCACUUUCACACACCACAACUUUGAUCUCUCUUUAAUAGAGGCUGUAUACACACACACACACACACACACACACACACACACACACACACACACACUACAUUACACAUUCAAGCAUGCACAAGGAAUCUGUCAUUUCUACACCAGCAGUUUUUUCUGUGCAUGUAUUUAAUUCUCUGUAA